AUGGAUAUUUUAGACUUGUGUUAUUCUUUGAAAGAUAGAGAUAUUGUGGAGGUAUAUGUUAAGCGCUUGUUUGAUGAAGCAAAAGUGGGCCCCAUGUUAUUAGAAAAUGUUAGUCAUGGGAAUGUGGAAGAAUCUAGUUCGGCUUUUAGUGAAGUAAAUGAACAAAGCACUGGUCCAAAUAAUAGGGUAGGUGAAGACCCUUUUACUACAACUGCUGCCUUUAAUACUACAUCUCAUUCUAGCUCAACUCCUCCCACUGCUACUUUUAAUACUAGAUCUCAUCCUACCACAACUCCUCCCACUACCACUGCUGCCUUUGAUUCUAGAUCUCAUCCUACCACAAAUUCUCCCACUACCACUGCUGCCUUUGAUACUACAUCUCAUCCUACCACAACUUCUUCCACUACAACUGUUGCUACUAGAGAGCAUUCCACUAGAAAACCUGGCACUACUGUAGAUCCUACUACUGAAGAUGUUGAUGAUAUAAGUUUAGGUCCAGUUGAAUCUGAUUUCAUAAAAGAAGAGGGUUUUGAUUUCUCAACUAAAGAUAGUGUUGAGUCUGAAUGUUGA